ACUCCUUGUUUAAGUUAGGCUCCUUUGGCUGUUUGACAGCUACUUUUUUCCACAGUCUGUGUGCUCUCUCCAGUGAUGUACACCUCCUUCAGGGAUCAGUCGGAUUAGCAGCGACAUGGCUGCUGAUGACAAGUCCUCGUCCUCGUCUUCAACGGAGUGGAGCGCUGAACAACCUGCCAUCUCACCCUCCAGCCCCUCCCACCUGACCCACUUCAAACCCCUGACUCCAGAGGAGGAUGAGCCGCCGCUCCGGUCUGCCUACAGUUCAUUUGUCAGCCUGUUUCGUUUCAGCAGCAAAGAGGAGGGCCGUCCUGUGUCCACAGCUUCAGAGAAGGAUGUCUCUCAUCCUACCCGUCAGUCAGAGAGACGAAGCCAGUCCUCCAGUCCCUCCCACUCCAUCCACGGCUCGAGGACACAUCGGAAGCAGCACCCUGAGCACGUCAAACGCACCAGUAUAUCUGAUGGCAGCAGGAAAUCUGAGGCUCCCCUGAGCAAUCAUGACCCUCGGACGGCGGUGCAGCUGCGCACGGCUCUGAAGAGGCUGAAGGAAAUCAUGGAGGGAAGGAGCCAGGACAGCGAUCUGAAGCAGUACUGGAUGCCAGACAGCCAGUGUAAAGAGUGUUACGACUGCAACGAGAAGUUCACCACCUUCCGCCGCAGACACCACUGCAGGUUGUGUGGCCAGAUCUUCUGCAGCCGCUGCUGCAACCAGGAGAUCCCUGGAAAGUUCAUGGGCUACACAGGAGAUCUGCGAGCGUGCACAUACUGCCGGAAGCUGGCGCUGAACUACACUCACUCGGCAGAGUCGGGCUCCAUCGGAGAGGAGCUGAGCUCCUUGUCAGACUCCCCCUGCUCUGUGUCCAUGUUGGAACCCAGUGAGCCUCGGACGCCCGUGGGAGGCCGGAAGGCCAGCAGGAACAUCUUCCUGGAGGAGGACCUGACCUGGCAGAGCAUGAUUCACCAGGAGCCUCAGACUAGCGGCCUGGCCUCCAGACUCUCCACGCUGCAGGAGGACAUGGGGAAGUCCCCUGCCAGAAAGAGGUCUGCCAGCGUGACCACCCUGUCUCUGGAUCGCUCCGGGACCGCCCUGGUUCCGUCCUACGACAGUUCAGUCAGCCCGCCAACCAGCAGAGCCAUGUCGGGGACCAAGAGCAGCACCAAGCUGGACCACAGUGAGGAAGAGAGGAAGAUCUUGCUGGAUUCCUCCCACCUGAAGGACUUGUGGAAGAAAAUCUGCCACAACAACACGGGGAUGGAGUUCCAGGACCACCGAUACUGGCUCAGGACUUAUCCAAACUGCAUUGUGGGAAAGGAACUUGUCAACUGGCUGCUGAGGAACGGUACCAUCUCCACCAGGGCCCAGGCUAUAGCCAUCGGCCAGGCGUUGGUGGACGGUCGCUGGCUCGACUGUCUCACUCACCACGACCAGCUGUUCAGGGACGAGUAUGCUCUUUACCGCCCCCUCCAGAGCACAGAAUUCUCCGAAACACCGUCUCCAGACAGCGACAGCAUCAACUCCAUCGAGGGACACUCUGAGCCGUCUUGGUUCAAGGACAUAAAGUUUGAUGACAGCGACUCAGAGCAGCUCAUAGAAGAGUCCGACUACACGAUGCCCAACUCUGCCAGCCCCAGUAAGAGGACAUCAGUCAGCAGCUUCCAGUCUGCGGUGGACAGCGACUCUGCCGCCUCCAUCAACCUCAACAUGGAGCAGAACAACGUGAACUUUCACAUCAGGAAGCAGUCCAAAUACCCACACGUGCCCCCUGCCCCCGAGCACAAAGAGUUUCUCGUGUCGGAGGACGGAGGACAGAACAUCGUCAUCAGCGACGCCUUCAUCAAAGAGUCUUUGUUCAACCGCCGUGUGGAGGAGAAGGCCAAGGAGAUGCUGUUCACGCCGCUGGGCUGGCACCACAGCUCCCUGGAGCAGCUCCGAGAGGAGAACGGGGAGAAGAAGGCCAUGGAGCGACUGCUCUCCGCCAACCACAGCCACAUGAUGGCGCUGCUGCAGCAGCUGCUCUACAGCCAGUCCCUGUCCCUGUCCUGGAGGGACAUCAUCGUCCCCGUGGUCCGGCAGGUCGUCCAGACGGUCCGACCCGACGUCCGCAGCUGCGACGACGACAUGGACAUCCGUCAGCUGGUGCACAUUAAAAAGAUCCCCGGAGGCAAGAAGUUCGACUCCAUGUUGGUCAACGGCUUCGUCUGCACCAAGAACAUCGCCCACAAGAAGAUGAACCCGUACAUCAAGAACCCCAGGGUCCUGCUGCUCAAGUGUCCCAUCGAGUACCUGUACAGGGAGGAGACCAAGUUCACCUGCAUCGAGCCCAUCGUGCUGCAGGAGCGCGAGUUCCUGAGGAACUACGUGCAGCGCAUCGUCGACGUGCGCCCCAACCUGGUGCUGGUGGAGAAGACCGUGUCCCGGAUCGCUCAGGACCUGCUGCUGGAGCACGGCAUCACGCUGGUCAUCAACGUCAAACCGCAAGUGUUGGACCGAGUGAGCCGGAUGACGCAGGGCGACCUGGUCAUGUCCAUGGACCAGCUCCUCACCAAGCCUCGCCUCGGAACCUGCCACAAGUUCUACCUGCAGCCCUUCACCAUGGCGAACAACGAGUCGAAGACCCUCAUGUUCUUCGACGGCUGCCCGCCCCACCUGGGCUGCUCCAUCAAGCUGCGGGGGCCGUCGGAGCACGAGCUGGCCAGGGUGAAGGACAUCAUAAUGCUGAUGGUGUGCGUGGCGUACCACUCGCAGCUGGAGAUUUCCUUCCUUAUGGACGAGUUUGCCAUGCCGCCCAGCUUGCCCCAGAGCAGCUCCUUCCCCUGCCUCCUGGACCAGGAGCCAGACCGAGACAGCCUGGAGAAGACCAUCGGGAGUGAAGAAGAAGCCUCGUCUUUAGAGUCUGCAUCUAGAAAUGGAGAUGUGGACGUUCUUCAAGACAAGCCAAGUCAACAGUCUCCUCCCUUUGGCUUCCUUGAAGACGCUCCUAACGCAGAGACCAGGACCUCGUCCCCGUUCUCCAGUCCUGCUGCAGCCGGUCUGUCCGUCUCUCCUCCGUUCCUCAUGGAGGACGACCAGGAGAUGGGAUCUGACACUCUCAUUGGGAUUUCUGAGGGAGACAUGGUCGUGGAAGGCUCGCUGGUUCUGGAGGACGAAGACCGUUCAGAGACACCCACCCUCAAAGUGUUUCGAGACCCCCUCCAGGACGACACAGGGAUGUUUGUGACCGAGCACGUGGACUCGUCUGACGACCGACUGAAGUCCAUCUCUGCCGUGUUCAAAUACGAGCUGAAGGACGUCAUCCUGUGCAUUUCUCCUUUCAUCACGUUCAAGGAGCCGUUCCUGCUGACGCCUGAAGGCAUGCACUGCCCCAGCAGGGACUACUUCCCUGAACAGGUUUAUUUCUUCCCUCUGCUCAACAAGGACUUCAGAGAGCUGGACGGGCGCAAGAAGCGGCAGCUCCUCAAAGACUCUGCGCCGUCCUCGUCGGUCGGUGGACAGUCCAACGGUGCGUCUCAGCUCAGGCCUGUCCACGUCCUGCCCUGUCAUGCUCUCACCAGAAUCCACAUCGUGGAGCAACUGGGCAGCAGCCAGGACCUGGCCCGGAUGCUGGCUGACUACAGGGCCAAAGGGGGUCGAAUUCGGCAGAAAGGGUCCAGUGAUCCGUUUGGCUCUGCCGGUCCUGCAGUCGGUGGCGGUGGGCAGAACCGGGGAGCAGACAAUCUGAUGAAACCAUGGGUGAAAUCUGACUGUGAGGAGGAGAAGACGAGCAAACAGAACGACCCGGGCUGGACCUCAAAGCUGGACUGUUUGAACCCCAACAACCACCAGAGGCUGUGCGUGCUCUUCAGCAGUUCGUCACUUCAGUCCAACAACGCUCCCAACCCUUGCGUCAGCCCGUGGAUAGUCACCAUGGAGUUCUACGGUAAAAACGACCUGUCUCUGGGCGUCUUCCUGGAGCGCUACUGUUUCAGGCCCUCGUACCAGUGCCCCAGCAUGUUCUGUGAGACUCCCAUGGUGCACCACGUUCGCCGCUUUGUGCACGGCAGCGGCUGUGUGCAGAUCGUGCUGAAGGAGCUGGACUCCCCCGUGCCCGGUUAUCAGCACACCAUCCUCAACUACUCCUGGUGCCGCAUCUGCAAACAGGUGACUCCAGUGGUGCCUCUGUCUAACGAUUCAUGGUCCAUGUCUUUUGCCAAAUAUCUGGAGCUUCGUUUCUAUGGCCACCAGUACACCAGACGGGCCAACGCAGAGCCCUGUGGACACUCCAUCCAUAAAGACUACCAUCAGUAUUUCUCCUACAACCAGAUGGUGGCUUCCUUCAGCUACACGUUCGUAAGGCUGUUGGAGAUUUGUCUUCCUCGUCCCAAGAUCUUCAUCAGGAACCUGGGGCCUUCCAAAGCCAACCUGCAGCAGGACCUAAAGGACUUCUCUCAGAAAGUGGUUCAGGUGUACCUGGCCAUCGAUGACCGGCUCACCUCCCUGAAGACGGAUACCUUCAGCAAGACCCGGGAGGAGAAGAUGGAGGACCUCUUUGCUCAGAAAGAUAUGGAGGAGGCAGAGCUGCGCAGCUGGGUUGACAAGCUUCAGGUGAGGCUGCAGACCUGCAGCCUGGAUUCUCCUCAGCAGCUCCAGGUGGUUCUGGAAUCCCUGGUGAUGAAGAAACAGAGUCUGUGUGAGAUGCUGCAAUCCUGGAACAGCAGACUUCAGGAGCUGUUCCAGCAGGAGAAGAGCAGGAAGCGUCUGUCUGUUCCCCCGAGUCCCGGCAGGCUCAGACCCAGCGCUCCUGACGACAGCAAGAGCACCCUGGACUCCUCUCCUCGAAACCCCUCACCUGUGGUCCAGAAUGGGGACAAAGAAGACCGUCACCUCUGCACGCUGCCCUCAACCACCUCCUCCCAGCUUUCAUCACCUGGAGACCCCGGAGUCGAAACGGUCUCUGCUGGACCCUCCUUCAGUGAGCAGGACUCUGUCAGCAUCCCUGAAGACGUGUUUGACGGACACCUCCUGGGCUCCACAGACAGCCAGGUGAAGGAGAAGUCCACCAUGAAGGCCAUCCUUGCCAACUUCCUGCCUGGAAACAGCUUCAACCCCAUCCCCUUCCCGUUUGAUCCAGACAAACACUACCUGAUGUACGAGCACGAGCGGGUUCCCAUUGCAGUGUGUGAGCGCGAGCCGAGCUCCAUCAUUGCCUUCGCCCUCAGCUGCAAAGAAUACAAAACAGCUCUGGAAGAUCUGUCCAAGGCUUCAAAUGCCACAGGAGAUGAGACUCCACAGCCCCCCAGUGGCGCAGAGAGUCGGUCCAGGAGCAGCCCGGCCAGGCCCGGCGAAUCUUUGUCGACCCAGCAGAGUCGCAGCAGCGCCGAUGGAGAUCCUCUCAGGGACGCCGACCUGGCCGACAAGCAGAAGAAACAGACCCUGAAUCCACACGUGGAGCUGCAAUUCUCUGACGCCAACGCCAAGUUCUACUGUCGGAUCUACUACGCCGAAGAGUUCCACCAGAUGCGUGAGGAGAUCAUGGAGAGCAGCGAGGAGGACUUUGUCCGCUCGCUGUCCCACUGUGUCAACUGGCAGGCCCGGGGAGGGAAGUCUGGAGCCGUUUUCUAUGCUACAGAGGAUGACCGCUUCAUCCUGAAGCAGAUGCCCAGACUGGAGGUCCAGUCCUUCCUGGACUUUGCUCCGCACUACUUCACCUACAUCAGCGGUGCCGUGCAGCAGAAGAGGCCGACAGCGCUGGCCAAAAUCCUGGGGGUCUACAGGAUCGGGUACAAGAACUCCCAGAACAACACAGAGAAAAAACUGGACCUUCUGGUCAUGGAGAACCUGUUCUAUGGCCGUAAGAUGGCUCAGGUGUUUGACCUGAAAGGCUCCCUGAGGAACCGGAACGUGAAGACCGACUCGGGUAAAGAGAGCUGUGAGGUGGUUCUGCUGGACGAGAACCUGCUGAAGCUGAUUCACGACAACCCGCUCUACAUCCGCUCCCACUGCAAGACCAUCCUGCGAGCCGCCAUCCACAGCGACGCCUUCUUCCUGUCCAGCCACCUCAUCAUCGACUACUCGCUGCUGGUGGGGCGGGACGACGCCACGGACCAGCUGGUGGUCGGGAUCAUAGAUUACAUCCGGACAUUCACGUGGGACAAGAAGCUGGAGAUGGUGGUCAAGUCUACGGGAAUCCUGGGAGGCCAAGGGAAGAUGCCCACGGUGGUGUCUCCAGAACUGUACCGGGCCCGCUUCUGUGAGGCCAUGGACAAGUACUUCCUGAUGGUGCCGGACCACUGGACCGGGCUGGGCUCCAACUGCUGAGCAGAAACCGACUGAAGCCUGUCGGUGACGUCGUCCCACAGCUGCAUUGUCUCUUUAGAUCUAAGUCCAGAUGUGCUGCUGUGAGGUCCAGUCCCUCUGAACCCCCCACCGUACGUCAGUCUUAUUUUUUUAUUUGCUGCCGAGUGGAGCCUCAGAAACCUCCAGUCAUGUAAUUAAAUGUUUGUACA